UCUCCCUCCGUAGCCUCCUCCGCCCCCAUCCACCCCUCGGUCUCCGCCCACAGAUAGGUGGUCACAACCGUCUGCCAAUCGAAAGAAGACGACCACACCUCCUCACCGCCCCCUACCGCCGGCCCUGCCCACCGGAGGAUGCUAGGAGAGAGAGCUGAGGAAAAAUGGAGGAGUACAGAAUGACACACAGAUAAGCCAAUCAACAGGCUCGGAGAGAAAACCUCUUCCUCCUCCCACAAAGGCGGAACCAAAGGUUUCGGGUCUAGGAUUUAUGGAGAGUUUCUUCCACCAUUUGGUGCAUCUGCUCGCUGCCGUGAGAAACAAUAGCUACGAUGCAUUCAACUAAAUUACGUAAGGUUUGACCAGAGAGUAUGUAGUGGAGAAGAAAAGGGAGUCAGGGUACAGCCCGAGGAGGGUGCAGUAGGGGGGCUCAGUUGGAAUGAGGAAGGGUGUGGCUUUAACUUAGAUUUGCAUAAAACGGAACCCAUCCGGGCGAUUUCAACUUCGCCCCUUUAUUGGUAGCCCUUGGGGCGGUACCUCGCGUCGCCCCUUUUGGAGCAUGCUGGGAGUUGUAGUUCCGAGUUUGGUUGCUAUGGCGUUCUCUACAGCCUCCUGGAGCCCGGCCCCGCCCUGCAGGAGUGACGAACUGUCGGACCAAUGGGAGUACCAUCUGAUUUCGAGGGGGCGGGUUCCCUGCAGAAAGACUGGAAGGUGGCGGUGGCGAAGGCGCUGGCAGUUGGGCUGCUUGGAGGCAGGUGACUAUGAAAGGCUUAUAUUUUCAACAGAGUUCCACAAAUGGAGAAAUAACAUUUGUAUUUCAAGAAAAGGAAAAUCUUCCUAUUACAGAGGAUAACUUUGUGAAACUCCAAGUUAAAGCUUGUGCUUUGAGCCAAAUAAAUACAAAGCUUCUGGCGGAAAUGAAGAUGGAAAAGGAUUUCUUUCCUGUUGGAAGAGAAGUUGCUGGAAUUGUUUUGGAUGUUGGAACCAAGGUAUCAUUCUUGCAACCAGAUGAUGAAGUAGUUGGAAUUUUGCCCCUGGAUUCUGAAGACCCUGGACUUUGUGAAGUGAUUAGAGUACAUGAACAUUACUUGGUUCAUAAACCAGAAAAGGUUACGUGGACAGAAGCUGCUGGAGCUAUUCGGGAUGGAGUGCGAGCUUAUACAGCCCUGCAUUAUCUUUCUCAUCUCUCUCCUGGAAAAUCCGUGCUGAUAAUGGAUGGAGCAAGUGCAUUUGGCACAAUAGCCAUUCAGUUAGCACACCACAGAGGAGCCAAAGUGAUUUCAACAGCAUACAGCUUAGAAGACAAGCAGUGCCUUGAAAGACUUAGGUCUUCUAUAGCCCGAGUGAUUGAUGUAUCGAAUGGGAAGGUUGAUGUUGCUGAAAGCUGUUUGGAAGAAACAGGAGGCCUGGGAGUAGAUAUUGUUCUAGAUGCUGGAGAUAUUCAUUUACAAGUGAGAUUAUAUAGUAAAGAUGAUGAACCAGCUGUAAAAUUACAACUACUACCGCAUAAACAUGAUAUCAUCACGCUUCUUGGUGUUGGAGGCCAUUGGAUAACAACAGAAGAAAGCCUUCAGUUGGAUCCUCCAGAUAGCCAUUGCCUUUUCCUCAAGGGAGCAACGGUGGCUUUCCUUAAUGAUGAAAUUUGGAAUUUGUCAAAUGUACAACAGGGAAAAUAUCUUUCUACGCAUUUUAAAAGAUGUGAUGGAGAAGUUAUCAGCUGGUAUUUUUAGACCUCAGUUGGAUGAACCUAUUCCACUGUAUGAGGCAAAAGUUUCCAUGGAAGUUGUUCAGAAAAAUCAAGGAAGAAAAAAGCAAGUUGUUCAAUUUUAAUCUUCUUUCUCAGACCUCAGCUGGAUGAACCAUCCAUCACAGUAUUUGAAGCCAGAGUUUUCCUUGGAAAUUGGGAAAAAUCAAGGAAGAUAAAAGCAAGUUGUUCAGUGUUUAAGCAUGUUUUCUGGCUCACAAGAUGUUUGGUUAUUUGACAUAUUUGAAAAAUAUUUUCCAAUUUAUUGUGCAGAUGAUCCAAGAUAAUUCUAUAACAUUUGAAGGGGGUACUCUGAAAGCCAUUUUUAGGUGUUUUUUUUUUUUCCCCCACACAUUUUCCUCUCCUAUAAAAUUCUUCUAAUGGGAAAAACUUCUGCUUUCAGCAAAAUCCACACCAUUCUUCUGAGUCUGUUACAGGCCUUGUUAUACUGUGAAAGUAAUGCUAUUAAUUAUGUAUUAAUUCCAUUUUAAACAACCUAACAAGCCUUUCUGUGCUGUCAAAAUUCAAGUUUUUGAAUAUAUUUUCAGGUCUCAAAAGUAUCUAACUCAUAUACACUUAAA